AUGUUGAUUAGUGAUCAACAAUGUGUAUCUUACCAAUCUCCAUACAGCAUUACGCCUGGAGCGUAUCCAAUAAUUUGGCAAGUACCUGGAAAUGAAGUUUUUAGUACGCCCGAAUUCAAACAAGUCAACAGUUCUAUCAAUUGGAGUAUGGUACCCAAUAUUGCUCCUCGUAAAAUGGUCAAUGGGAGUUUUGAUACGAGUACUUAUCCUCCUACCGAUCCAGAUUGUUGGUGGAGCUUUAGCUCAUGCACAAUGCCCAAUAGUGCCACUGGACUUAAACCUGAUUAUAGUAUUUGCCCUGAACCUGACUCUAAUGAUUGGCAAAUGGAACCUGCGGGCAAAAAGACACCGGCGGAAAUUGAUGCCAUUUUUGAAGACUUUGUCAAAAUGGGUAAAAAUGGUACCUUCUCUAAUUCUGGAGCGAUAUGUUUGCAACAUGAGUUAAAUAAUGGAACUAUGUCGAAGGCUCAGCAAUGGUUCCCGUCAAUAAAGAGUGCUUAUAAACAUGUUAUUCCUGCCGCCAUAUGCUUAAAUAUUACUCAUCCAUAUGCUGAAACAAAUUACACCUUCCCAUCAUUUGCUGAGUACAUUGACACGUUAAGUAAUAGUAGUAGCCCUACAAACCAUAGUCCGAGUGGUUCCAAUAAAAC